CGUCCAUCAGCGUUAAAACGCUUAAUGCAUAUUCAUUGCGUGACCUAAAUUUUGUUGUUGCUUGUUUAUACCAUUUUCCAGAGAGAGAACACACGCCCCAUUUUAUUGCAUACAAAGGAAAGCAGACACUCUUUGUUCUUGAACGAAGGGGAAAGUAAAACGGAAAAAGUGACACCAUCGAACUGAUGGAGCGCCUCUCCUAAAUUCAAGUUACCGGUAAAUUGUUUUUGUUCCACGAGUGGUAGGAUGCAGCGGAAACGAGAAAGGCUUCGUCGCUUCAAAAUUAAAAGCUCCCUUCAAUAGCGGGUGCGGUCGUCCCAUGCUGCUCUACUGUAUAGUGGCCGGAAGCAUCCAUCCACAAAUGCCUAUUGUCCUCCUUUGAGGUCUGCCGUGUCGGGAGACUCUGGAGGCGUUGAUGAAGACACGCUAAGCAAUCUGUUCACGCAGACAACUUUCUUGGUUUGCAUUAAAUAGUUGGUUUCGUCGAUCCUCAACAUCAGUUGACACUUGGCUACCAUGUCGGCAAUAACUUUCAAGACAUCUUUCUGCAUCUUGACGCUAGUGGUGGCAGCAAGCUUGGCCCAGGACUACGAAGUUGCCGAUGUCAAAUGUCAUUUGCACGGAGAUCCAGAAGCAGUUGGAACAUCAUUUUCUUAUUCCGAAGGGACGCCCAAACAGAAGAUGGUGGCUCGCUUGAAAAAACCGGAAUACUUUCGUGGGCAUCCCCUAUUCGCCGAUGAUUUGAAAGUCAAUCCUUACACCGAUCCUUAUUGCUCGAUUGUACCGGAACCAGGUGACAAAUCGGCCCGCAUCUACCGGCUAACGAUUACAGACCUUUCCCGCUGCGGAGUCUCUCAUCACAGUGGUUAUGUGCACGUUCGAAUAUGGUUUCCGCUUUUACCUGGCGCAAUGACGUCGCACGAUCAAGAGGUUAUUCUAGUGUGCAAACCACCUGAAUCCACCAUUCUGACACACAAAGUGUCUGAGCUUUCUAGUACAGCUCCAAGACAAGCGCGGGUGUCGGGCAUAGUGGAGGAGAGCUCUACCAAACUCGAAUACCAAGUCGACGUGUACCGCUACAUCGAAGAGAGCCCAUAUCCAACAACGCAACGGCAAAAUUCACCAACGGCUGUCGGGAAAGUUGGCGUGACAGGUCCGUACUUGAUUCCCCUUGAUAAUGCAGUACCCAUUGGAACUCGGUUACAAUUAAGAACAAACUUCAAUCAACAAAGCGCUUGGAAAUACGCCAAACUAGUUGAAGUCACUGUAACGACCGAUCCUAAAGAUCCUCAUGCCGAGGGCUAUGUUCGCUUGCUGCAUCUAGGUUGUGUCUCACCUGAAAUGAAGAGUUUGAUGCGAUGCCAGGUGAAACGACUACCUGCAAAGCCGUCUGAAGUUUGGUUGGACUUUGAAGCCUUUCUCCUUGCUCCGUCCACCAAUUACACGACCCAGUCGAAGAAACCGAGACGUGAAGGCCAACAGUGGAUUCACACUACCGUUCUCGCCUGUUUGAAAGAUGAAGAUUGCAAGCCGGAAGACUGCGAUGACCCGAAUAUCCCAACAGGAUACGGAAGACGUAAAAGAUCGGCCCAAGUCAACGGAACUAGUAACGAAGUUCAGUUUGAUCAACGACCGAUCUCUAUUCAAAUUGUCUUACCAAAAGGGGAAGAUGACUCCAACAGAGAGGUGAACUGUGGAAUUUGGAUAGUUCCAGUUGGCGUGUUACUCUCAGCGACGGCCGCUAGUCUCCUUUUGUUAUUUAUCACCUGCCGAUGGAAUGCGCAAAAGAAGAAACAACUCUCUGCCAUGGGACUGCCUCCUAACUUUAUUAAUGCUCCACAUUAGUAUUUUUUAGUAGAAAUCGAAUUUAUCAAGUCAAUUAGAGAGAGCCAAUAUUCUAUAAGUAAUUUCAGAGUCCAUUGAAGAACUAUGUAAUAAUUAAAGUUUAUUUGCAACAUAUGCAUUCUAUGUAUUUGACGAAAUCGCCUACGUAUUUCAAUUUCAAAAUAUAGGCUAUCAGUUCAAUAUUCGAUUAUUAUUAUAGCAAUAUGGAUAAAUAAUACAUAUUUUUCUGUUUGA